CUACGUAUUACUUGGCCCAAUCUGAAUCACCAACACUAAACUCAUAACAAUAUUAAGCUGAACAACUAAGCCUGCUAACCUUAACAAAAGAAGAACGUAACAUUGCCAAUCCCUCCUAGCUAGGCCCAACUCGAAAACCUCAUCAUCCAUUUUGCCACUGAAGUUGAAUGUAUUUGUGUGCUUGUCCAGUUAGCCGAUGAGUCAAGUAAUAGUCUUAUAGUUUAGGAGAAAUGGGGGUUGUUAGUCUUUCAAUAAAGCUUUUGUAUCCCAAUCUGUUUGGUCCUUCAAUAGUCUUUGUUUGCCGAGUCUUGUAUUUAAUCUGUUGGUUUUGGUCCUUCAAUAAAGCUUUUGUAUUCCUCACCAGCUCCUUCCCCCCGGCUACUUUCUCCGUCGUUUGAUAUUACUAUAAAGGGCAGCCAUUUGUAGUUCCUUUGUUGUCAUCCAAAUCCGUUAACUCUGCAAUCGGAGGAGAAAAACAGAGAACAGAAGACGAGAGGCAGGAAAUCGAUCAAUGGCGGAGUUGUUCAUCAAGCAAGCGGCGGAGUACGCAAAGACGAGGCCGCGCUACCCGAAACAACUCUUCGAGUUCAUAGCUUCCGAGACUCCUUGCCACGACGUCGUUUGGGACGUCGGCACCGGUAGCGGCCAAGCCGCCGUAUCCCUCUCCGGAAUCUACAAGACCGUCAUUGCUACCGACACCAGCGCCACCCAGCUGGACCACGCCCCGAGGCUCCCGAACGUCCACUACCGCCUCACUCCGCCGGUCAUCCCGCCCGCCGACCUCCCGCUCCACAUCGCCGGCGAGUCCACCGUCGACCUCGUCACCGUCGGGCAGGCCCUCCACUGGUUCGACCUCCCGGCGUUCUACAAGCAGGCCCAAUGGGUCCUGAAAAAGCCCCACGGCGUGAUCGCCGCGUGGUGCUACUGCGAGCCGGAGAUCGACCCGGCGGUCGACUCGGUCCUCGACUCGUUCUACGCGGCGGACUCGGCGCCGUACUGGGACCCACUGCGGAAGCUGGUCGAGGACGGUUACCGCGGCGUUGACUUCCCGUUCGAGGCGGUGGAGGGAGCUGGAGAGGGUGAAACGGGGCCGUUUCGGUUCACGGCCGAGCAGGCGAUGGAUUUGGAAGGUUUUUUCACGUACGUCAGGUCGUGGUCGGCGUACCAGACGGCGAAGGAGAGAGGGGUGGAGCUGUUGGGAGAUGCCGUGGUGGAGAAGUUCCGGCGUGCUUGGUGUAAUGAUGAGAAUGGAGAUGGUGGUGGAGAGGAGAAGGUGAUCAAGGUGGUCAGGUUUCCUGUUUACCUCAGGAUUGGCAAGGUUGGGAUGGUGAAAAUGUGAAAGUAACGAGACGACAAACUAUGAUGAUGAAAUUUUAUGGUAUUUAUCGUCAAGCUAAUGGUGCCAUGGUAUAUGGUAUCCAAAUCUAAGCAUUUUCCCUUCAGGGUUAAUUCCAGUUGUUUCAAUUGUAUCUACCAAUUGAUGAAGCUAUAUAUAUCGUUACAUUAGACUAUGCGCGCAUGGACUUUCAAGAACAAAUUGAUUUCAAAUAAUAUAAGUUAUUGGAAAAAGAUCAAUAAUGAAUCUUAUAUCACUAACUAACAUCUUUUCUCAAAAGAAAGUCAGCCAAGAACUAGACCAUAAAAGGUUCACGGAUGGGAGCCAUCGGUAUUAGAACACAAGAUCUCUCACCAAUUAAAGGUUCUAAUGCCAUGUCAAGAACUAGUUGGUCCCAAUUACUCGAGUUAUCGAAAUGAGUUCACUAAUAAAUCUUUUACCAUUCAAAACACCACUUAAGCAGCACAUACCAAACAAAAUGUUACUACACGAACGGAUUAUAAAAUACUAAAAUUCCGAGGCUGGACACGCGCUUUAAUUCCCCCUCACCACAAGUAUAAUGAAAUAGACAACAAAUUACAUCACAAAUACUAUAAAGUUUAUAAAGCACA